CUGAUGUCCAGCUACAAGCAACUAACCCUGAAUCCUCCAGAAGGAAUUGUGGUGGGCCCCAUGAACGAAGAGAAUUUUUUUGAAUGGGAGGCAUUGAUCAUAGGCCCCCAAAAUACCAAUUUUGAGUUUAGUGUUUCUCUUGGCAUCAUGAGUUUCUCACUUGACUACCCACUGAGUCCUCUGAAGAGGUUCACUUGCAAGAUGUUCCAUCCCAACAUCUACCCACACCCCAGAGUCUGCAUUUCAAUCCUCCAGGGGCCAGGUGAUGACCCCAUGGGUUACCGUAGCGGCAUUGAGAAGUGGUACCCAGGGUACAGUGCGGAGGAGAUCCUGCAGUCGGUGGUGAGCAUACUGGCAGAGCCCAACGAUGAAAGUGGAGUUAUGCCUGAAUACUUCCAAAACGUGGCGAGACGACAGGAGCGGUUUCACAAGAAUGCCAGGCAGAUUGUGCCGAAGUCUCCGGGGCUCUGA